AUGUCUACCCCUAUGCGCAAGGCCGUCAUCACCGGUUAUGGCGACCCCUCCAAUAUCAAGGUCGUCGACGCCGAGAUCGCAGCACCGGCACGGAACGAGGUCCAGGUUGACAUCAUCGUCGCCGGCUUCUCAGGCGCCGACAUCAACAUGCGGCUGGGCCGAUAUCCGAGCCAACUGCCGCCCCCACUGACUCCAGGCUAUUGCUUCGUGGGCCGCGUCCGCAAGAACGGCCCCGGCUCCUCCGUGUAUAAGCAGGGCGACCUUGUGGCGGCCUUGACCAAAUACGACUCCGACGCCGAGAUUAUCAACGUGCCCGAGAAGUUCGUGGUUCCCGUCCCCGAAGGUGUCCCGCACGACGAGGUCGCUGGACUUGUUCUGGACUGGAGCACGGCCUACGCCAUGGUCGUCCGCGUGGCCAAGGUGUCCAAGGGCCAACGAGUCUUCAUCCACGGCCUCAGCGGUGCUGUUGGCUACGCUACCAUGAUUCUAAGUCAGAGACAGGGCGCAACAGUCUACGGUACAGCAUCGGAGCGCAACCACGCCGCUCUCAGGGAGCUCGGUGCCACGCCGUUCGUCUACACCAACAAGAAUUGGAUAGGCGAGGUCAACAAAAUUGGGGGCGUCCACGCCGCCUUCGACGCUCUCGGUCUUGAGAGUUUCGACGAGUCAUACUCCAUCUUGAGCAGCAAGGAAUCGAGCAUCCUCGUGGGCUACGGCGCAAACCUGGACGCUUUGGGCGGAUCGAAAGCGAGAUCGGCCGUCACGUCAGUCCUCAAGCUGUACGCGCGCAACCUGGCAAUUUGGUCCAAAAAGUCUGCCGCCUUCUACCUCAUCACCAGAGACGACAAGAACUACCUACCGGAUCUUCGUACCUUGAUUAGCCUGCUCAAAGGCGGCCAGAUCAAGGUACCAAUCAAGAAGACCUGGGAUUUGGAAGACAUUAGGAGUGCGCAUGAGAACUGGAGUUCCGCUUCAGGGAUGGGGUGCAUAGUCAUCCAUGUUAAAAAAGAUGAAGCAUAA